ACAUGUUUGUGGCGAGUCUGAUCUUGGUAGGAAAUUUCUAAUUUUAUGUUUGACAGUGUUAUGCAUUGUCUGUUCAAGUAGCAGUUCAAGUUCACCUUUUGUGGUCUGAGUGGUACUGUCCUGCACUAAUUUUUAGUACUCCCCAUGUUCCUGCUUUUUAUCCACGUUGUUCUGUAUCACAGUUUGCCAAUCUGUUUGCAGCGGCUAUGGGAUCCUAAAGAUGUCUUUUCUAAAAGUGAUGGGGUAGAGAUUGUUAUGCCUUUUCUUGCAGCUUCCUGGAGCUGUUUCUUUAGAAGAAUCUUUUCUUUUGUGCAGAUGUUUGGAACCGAAAGAUUCUGCAUAAUCUCUAGAAGGGGAGAAUUGGCCGAUGUGGUUUUGAGUUAAUGAUCAUUUUAUUGCUAUCAAAAACUUGCAUAAACCAGAAGAUCAUCGUCUGUUGCAUGGGACAGCCCACGCAGGGUGAAGUGUUUCAACUCUCGCAAAAUCUUAUACAGAAGGUGAUUUCUUGGACUCGCAUGAUAUCUACAAACCAAGGACUGGUGACAAUGGCCAUUUCUCGGAGUGGCGACUGCAAUGAUAGCCCACAUGGUCAGUGUACGCCCUUUUCUCCUCUGCCUGAAGUGACUAAUCCUUUCUUCAAUUCCAAGGCUUUGUUGGCGCAGCACAGUGGAUUAGUAUUCAUCUUCUGCACCCAAUGUCUCGGCUUUCACCGACAACUAACUGGAGGUGUUCGAGCUGCUUUGACCUGCAGUCCCCAACGAAGCUCACUUGCAGAAUGGAAGGGAGAGGAGAGAGGUAAGAGUAUGAGCUCCGGGUGCAAGUCUUCUGUGAGCUGCGUCGACGCACGUCGGCCGGCUAGACCAACCUAUGUCAACCUCUACAGGUGGCCGGAGUCCGACGCCGAGUUCGUGAAGUCGAUGACAGGAGGAAGGGACGAGAGAGUCGGUGAUGACAACCUCGUUGAUGGGAGGAGGAGGUGGAGUCCGAGCCCAAGGGUGGUGGAUAGUUACUCAUGCCGGCAGAUGUACCUAAGGAGCUACACCUUCUCCAAGGAGGAGACCGCCACGGAGAAGGCACGACAGUGCCUCGGCAAGGCUAAGCGACGAGCUGUCGUCCUGUUCCCUUUUCUCCAGCAGAAGACCGAGGGCCGCAGCUGUGUUCCUGCUCAUGCUGAUACCAAGAUGAGCAGACGUAGCAGCAGGAGGAAGGAGAAGAAGCGAAAGGUCUGCGGAACAGAUAAGAAGCCAAGAGAGAUCUCUUACUCCGCACUGUUCUCCAUUUUCUUCCGGUUCCUCUUCUGCACCUCCAGCGUCGAAGUAGUCGACAGAAGGUGAAUCAGAUCAAAAAGGUUGAUGAUAAACUCUUUUCCAGCUCCAAAGAAGGUGAGUUCUUGGAUCUCUUCUAUCUUAUAUUCUACUCUCAAAAUUACGUGUUUUGCAUCUAUCUUACUAAAGAUCAAAACUAAGAGUGAGAAAGAGUCUUAGUGUUUCCAGUUCCUGCUUGAUCAAGAGACUCAGCAAAACUGUUUUCAUACUCAGCAGUGCCAAUUUCUUGUUAUAUUUCUUUUGUACA